AUUUUCCAAAUUCCCCUAAAUUCCCGAUCCGUCUCCGACGCCUCCGUCACCCACCUGCCACCCACUAGUCACCCACCCACGGCCACGAUGCAGUCCACAAAAACUCGCCGCAAAGUCGCUCCGGCGGUCGUCGAGAACGGCGACUCCGGCGACAAACUCGACCACCUCCUCCUCUCCUCCGCCGUCGCGAACGGUGAGGACUUAGGCCCCUUCAUCCGCAAGGCCUUCGCCUCCGGCAAGCCCGAGACCCUCCUCCACAGCCUCCGCCACUUCUCCCGCUCCAAGGAGUCCGAAAUCGAAGAGGUCUGCAAGGCUCACUACCAGGACUUCAUCCUCGCCGUCGACGAUCUCCGAUCUCUCCUCUCCGACGUCGAUUCCCUCAAAUCCUCCCUCUCCGACUCCAACUCCAAGCUCCAGUCCGUCGGAGUUCCUCUCCUGUCGUCUCUCGACUCCUUCGUCGAAGCGCGAAAUAUCUCGCGGAAUGUAAACCUAGCUCUCGAAUCAGUCGGGACCUGCGUUCGGCUUAUGGAGCUUUGCUCCAGAUCAAAUUACCAUCUGGAGAACAACAAUUUCUAUAUGGCGCUCAAGUGCGUGGACUCGGUGGAAUCGGAGUUCCUGAACAAGACGCCGUCGUCGACGCUGAAGAGGACGCUGGAGAAGAAGAUCCCGGAGAUUCGAUCGCACAUCGAGAGGAAGGUGAGCAAGGAGUUCGGCGAUUGGCUGGUGGAGAUCCGCGUGGUGAGUCGGAAUUUAGGUCAAUUGGCGAUCGGUCAAGCCUCCUCGGCGAGGCAGCGAGAGGAGGAUCUGAGGAUCAAGCAGAGGCAGGCUGAGGAGCAGAGCCGCCUCAGCCUGAGAGACUGCGUUUAUGCCUUGGAGGAAGAGGACGACGAUGGACUGAGUGGUGGAGGAGUUGGAAACGAUGGUAAUGGUGGAAGUGGAAUACUAGGGUUCGAUUUGACUCCUUUGUACAGGGCGUAUCAUAUACACCAGACUUUGGGGCUUGAAGACCGGUUCAAGAAGUAUUAUUUCGAGAAUCGGAAGCUUCAAUUGACUUCGGACUUUCAGGUAUCUUCUAUGACUCCGUUUCUCGAAUCGCAUCAAACUUUCUUUGCGCAAAUCGCUGGUUUUUUCAUUGUUGAAGAUCGUGUUUUGAGGACCGGUGGUGGUUUGAUAUCGAAAAUGGAGGUUGAGAAUUUGUGGGAAACCGCUGUUAGCAAAAUGUGUUCUGUUUUGGAGGAUCAGUUUUCUAGAAUGCAGACUGCGAAUCACUUGUUAUUGAUUAAGGAUUAUGUGAGUUUAUUAGGAGUAACUUUGCGUAGGUAUGGGUACCCAGUGGACGCCUUGCUUGAUGUUUUGAGCAAGCAUAGGGACAAGUACCACGAGUUGUUGUUGUCCGAUUGUCGUAAACAGAUUGCGGAAGCGCUUGCCGCCGAUAAGUUUGAGCAGAUGUUGAUGAAGAAGGAGUACGAGUAUUCGAUGAAUGUUCUUUCGUUUCAAAUACAAACAUCGGACAUAGUACCUGCUUUCCCUUAUGUUGCAUCAUUUUCUUCGACAGUGCCUGAUUGUUGCCGCAUUGUGCGGUCCUUUAUCGAGGAUUCUGUGAGUUUUAUGUCCUAUGGCGGGCAGCUGGAUUUCUAUGAUGUUGUGAAGAAGUAUUUGGAUCGGCUGUUGGGUGAGGUCUUGGAUGGGGCUUUGUUGAAACUUAUCAAUUCGUCUGUUCAUGGGGUUUCCCAAGCAAUGCAGGUUGCGGCGAAUAUGGCAGUCUUGGAGCGUGCUUGUGAUUUUUUCUUCCGCCAUGCUGCACAACUUUCUGGGAUUCCUUUAAGAAUGGCAGAGAGGGGUAGGAGGCAGUUCCCACUGAGCAAAGCUCGUGAUGCAGCAGAAGAUAUGCUCUCUGGGUUGCUUAAAACAAAGGCUGAUGGGUUCAUGACUUUGAUUGAAAGCGUAAACUGGAUGGCUGAUGAUCCUCCACAGAGUGGAAACGAAUAUGUGAACGAGGUGAUAAUCUAUUUGGAAACCUUGGUCUCCACUGCCCAGCAGAUUUUGCCGGUUCAAGUUCUUAAAAGAGUUCUAAAAGAUGUUCUUUCUCACAUAUCAGAGAUGAUUGUUGGAGCCUUACUUGGGGAUUCAGUUAAGAGAUUCAAUGUUAAUGCAAUCAUUGGAGUUGAUGUGGAUAUUCGGUUGUUGGAAUCUUUUGCUGAUAAUCAAGGAUCCUUGUUUACUGAUGAGGAUGCAAAUCAGUUAAAAACGGCACUUUCGCAGGCCAGGCAGUUGAUUAAUUUGCUACUGAGCAAUCAUCCAGAGAAUUUUCUAAAUCCUGUAAUCAGGGAAAGAAGUUACAAUGCUCUAGACUACAGGAAAGUGGUUACAAUUUCUGAGAAGUUGAAGGAUCCUUCAGAUCGGCUUUUUGGAACAUUCGGAAGCCGAGCAGCUAGGCAAAACCCUAAAAAGAAAUCACUAGAUGUGUUGAUAAAAAGACUCAAGGACGUGAGCUGAUUUGUUUAGCAAGUUUAUGUACAAUCCUUGUUUCCCUACAACUGUGAUUGAGAUUAUUUCAUAGCAGUUUAUUGCUAACUUUUUCCAACGCCAAAUUGUUGUUUUCCGCGAGUAUCAUGGAUCAUGGCAAAUUUGUUUAAGCACAGUGCACCAGAACUGGCGAGAACUCUUCCGCCCCUCUGAAAGUGACAUGCUCAUCUUCAUGCAUGCUUUAUGAUGCAUGUUUGGGUCACUUUGGCUCACGCUCAGGUUCGACAUUAACUGUGUGGUUGUUAGACAAGGUCUUAAAGUAGGCGGAAAUAUAUGAAAAUUUCGCUCUAAUAAUCAUUAGUUGUGUAUGACUGUGU